UUGGCAGAAUUUGUUGAUGUCAAAUAACGUGCAACUUCUGAAACAGAAUCACAUCAUUCAGAAUAUUUUUGACUUCCGCCUCACUCAAAGUUUACGUGUUAAAUGGAGAUCUGAAGAAUUAUUGUGUACGGCACUGCAAUUUAUAUAUGUGAACAUGGAGUUGGAACUUGAAUUGGAAAAUGAAAAUAAGUCAACUGAGAUUCAAAAUGAUUUUUCAUUUACUCGCUUGAACCAGCCUACAACAACGAAAGGACCUUUCAGCUUUCUUCUCAUUGCCGCAUCUAUAACUGCAUCUGUAAGUGGACUUAUCUUUGGCUAUGAGCUUACAAACAUUUCGGGAGCUCUUCUGCAGUUGAACACCGACUUCAAUCUUACCUGUGUGCAACAAGAAAUACUCGUCAGUUCCGUCUUAAUUGGAGGAGUAAUAGGUUCCUUUGCUGGUGGAUACAUCAUUGAUCGAUGGGAAAGGAGGAUAGGAAUCAUUGUAACAUCUUUGUGUUUUAUAGUCGGCAAUAUCAUUAUGUCUUCCUCUUCUUCCUACAUGAUACUUGUACUGGGCCGCAUCAUCGUGGGAGUCGCUAUAACUUCAAGUGUAUUUUCAGCAUGUGUAUACCUGUCAGAGAUUGCACCACCUGAAAAAAGAGGCAUGGUGGUUUCUCUGAUUGAAUUCAUGAUUGUUAUUGGCGUUUUGUUCGCAUAUAUUAUUAAUUACAGUUUCUCAAGCUUUUCAGAAGGUUGGCGGUGGAUGUUUGCUAUUAAUCUCAUUCCAGCUGUGCUGCAAAUCAUUGGUAUGUUCUUUGUUCCACAAAGUCCUCGGUUUAUGAUUAGAAAAGGAUACGAUGAAAAGGCAAGUCUCAUCCUGCAGAAAAUUAGAUCAUAUUCCAAUGUUGACAAUGAACUGACAGCCAUCAAAUUGUCAUUGAGCAAUGAGAGCAAUUAUACAUAUUGUGAUGUAUUUCGGGCAAAGAACAACAUGAGACUACGAGUGGGAAUAGGAUUUGGUCUCGUUUUUUUCUUGCAAGCUUCAGGCCAACCAAAUGUUUUAUAUUAUGCAUCGACUAUCUUAAGAUCAGUUGGCUUUGCAAGUAACACAACAGCGACAUUAGCCUCAGUUAGUGUGGGGGUGGUAAAAGUGCUUGGCACACCUUUAGCAAUGCUACUUUUGGACCGAGUAGGACGCAAAAUAUUUCUUUACAUUGGAAGUGCUACUAUGAUUGUAAUGUUGACCAUUCUGGCAGUGGUGGUCCAUAAAAUUCCAGUGCAAUUCACAGAUGUCUGCAAGUACCCCAAUCAUACUGAUCACUGGCAAGAUAAUGUCACAUCUACAAUACCUGGUUAUAAUUCAACAAUGGUCAGAACAUUUGCCGAGCAAGUUACUUCACUGGAAAAUGGAAGCGAUUCAAUCGCAAAUCAAAGCAAUAUGGGAAAUACAACAAUGCCAUAUCAAUCCUCCUCUCCAUUCACAGGAAGUUCGAAGAAGAAUGGAGAUGGGAAGGAACAAGUAUCUCCUUUGCUGAAAUGGCUGUCCCUUGCUUGCUUACUUUUAUAUGUUGCUGCUUUUUCCAUAAGUUUUGGACCAGUGGUAUGGGUGCUGCUGAGUGAAAUAUUUCCAAUAGGGAUAAAAGGCAGAGCUACAUCAUUCAUAGGAUUCUUGAACUGGGCAUUCAAUUUGCUCAUUGCUUUAACCUUUCUCUCUGUAACAGAAUCUAUAGGCCUGAUGUGGACGCUUCUGAUGUAUGCAAUUCUGAGUUUCGCUGGACUGAUCUUUAUCUUUUUCUUUAUACCUGAGACUAAAAAUCAAACACUUGAGGAAAUAUCUGAGCAACUGAGCCAAGGGUACAAUAUAACUGGAGCUUGCUGUACUAUGGAAGGCGUAAAGAAGCUGAUCCCUGAACGACUUCGGAAACGCAAACAUGGUGAGAACUCCAUCUGGGCUAUUGAUAUUGAAUACCACACAGAUGGCUUGGAAAAUUAUUUUGGUGAUGGUUCUCUGUGACACACAGUUCAAAAAUAUUUUUUGGAAGUGAUCGUGCACUGCUCUUCUAUCUGUUUGGUUUUCAUUCAUAACUGCAACAGAAUUCUCACUUUUCCAGAAGUAAUAGUCUCCAGAUAUUGGUGAUGGAGAACCAGGAACAGGCACAGGCUAUUCAGACCUUCAAGCUUGCUCCACCAUUCAAUAUAAUUGUGGCCAUUCAUCCAAAUUCGAUACCCUCUUCCAGCUUUCUCCCUAUAUCCCUUAAUCCCACAAAAAUCUCGUUAUUGAUUAUAUUUAAUGAUUCGACUUCAAUUACCUUUCAUGGUGAAGUUUCUUUGGGAGAAAAAUUCUCUCAUCUCUAUCUUAAGUGGCUUUCCCCAUAUUACUCAAUAAUUUUGAAAUUGUCUGUGAUGUAGGAAAGAAGGCACCUAAUUAGCACCAAUGUGUAACAGCCAGCAACCAUAUAAAAGAUACUGCAUUCAGUUUUACUAUAACUAGUGGAAAUUUUGCAUGUUCCUCUCUUUAACAAACAAUGAUUAAAAUCUUUACAGUACAGCAGAAGAUGAUGCUGUAAAAGAUGUUACUUCAGAGACCCUGCCACUGCAUUGUUUUUCCAGUUGGUAGAUGAUAUUUGUUGAUAUUAAUUGUAUUAUGUAUCUAUAAACAAAUGAGCAAUAGCAUGCUCAAAAUCUCCAAGCCAAACUAUAAGAACCAGAAUCAGAUUUAAUAUCACCGGCAUAUGUCAUGAAAUUUGUUAACUUUAUGACAGCAGUACAAUGAAAUACAUGAUAAAUAAAUACUGGAAAAAUCCCUAAGGUACUUUAAGUAUAUAUAUGUCUAUUAAAUAUUUAUGUUAAAAUAUGUAGUGCAAACUAACAGAAAUAAAAUGGUAGAGAGGUAGUGUUCAUGGAUUCAAUGUCCAUUUAGGAAUCGGAUGGCAGAGGGUAAGAAGCUGUUCCUGAAACACCAAGUGUGUGCCUCCUACCUGACUGUAACAAUGAGAAGAGGGCGUGUCCUGGGAGGUGGGGAUCCGUAAUGAUCUAUUGAUCCGGUGGGGAUUUAUCGACUUGGCCAGAGUUCCUACCCAUCUCUUUAGUGCACUUGAUCUCUGGUAGGUUCAUGCUUCACUUAUAGCUCAGUCCAGGUACAUUUUGGAAAGGGCCAGAGAGUUUGAUAGAACGUAACCUGUUGAAUCGAUGAUGUGCUCCACUAUAGUGCAAGUAUGCCUCCUUGUGUAGCAGAAAUAGCCUGUAACAAGGACACUGCUCUAAUGGCUUACCAGAACCAUGCCCUGGUUAUUAUUUUCCGUGUAUUAUUGAUGGGAAUACUCUUUCAGCUGAGAUGAGUAUACCAUUUUCCUUGAAUACUAUCUGCAUUAGUGCAGGUUUCACUAGCUCAGUUACUGUACACGAGGCUCUUUAAAUGUGCUGGAAAGUGUUCAACUUGUUUGCUAUCUUUCACCACUGGCAUUUGAACAAUAAAGACCCACCACCCCCAAGCUCCCUACAUAUCCCCUGGCAUUAUGGAGAAAUGGCAGGUCGGUGGAACUGAGUCAUCACCUAUGACGUUAUUGAAUAGUGGGGCUGGCUUAACAGGCCAGAUAAUUUACUCCUCCCCCUGUAUCGUAUGUUCUUAUGUUAUGCCUUGGUGAGUAUCAUUUAUAGUACACACUGCUGUGACCUUUUCCAACUGGGUGACUUCAAUCAGAUCGAUACCCAAUAAUCCCUUGUUUUUCCAUAGUCUCACUUAUUUGAAUCACAAAUCAGUAUAAAGACAUUCAAUAAUGAGAAUUUCCAAAGUUAAACAUGAUAUGUUAUGCUUUAUUGAUAAACCAGAUUCAGAUUCACUUCUUUAUAACAGCACAACUUGAUGAUGUGCUGGGGUCAGCUCGCAAGUGUCGUCACACAUUCUGGGGCCACUUCAGCAUGCCCACAAAGCUCGGCAGAACAAUACAGAACACAACAAGUAACAAAAUACCAUCCGCAAAACAAGCCCCUUUCCUCCCUACCACGCACCCACCCACACACACCAUCCUCCAGCCCCAGGACAGGACACUGGGCCUCCAGCGGACUCGUGGACAACUGGCCUCCAACCUUUUCAGUGGACUUCGACUUACAGAUUUCCGAUCAACCUCCUGGCUUUGAUCUUCAGUACUGACCCCAGGAGUAGCUGAUGAUGGGACCCUGAACUCCACACCAUGAACACUGGGCUCACUGACUUACUUACCUAGAGACACACCAGCUCUUGUGCCCCUGCUCGCAUAGACAUCUGAUCCUGGGAUCUACCCAACCUGGGGACUCGCUAACCUGGUGGGCCGUGGGCCAUGAGCCAUGAGCCCUCAGCCUCACGAGUUCUUAUUCACAGCACUUGCCAGCCCAACAUGCAUGGAUGUCCUUCAUUACAAGUCCAUAUCACUGGCCUUCAAGCAUGGAGCAAUGGACUAGACACCAAAUGCCGUUCAUCCCAGCGGACCAUCAAAUUAAUCAAAAUAUUUUUGUAAGUAACCUGUCAAAUUUUCUCUUAAUAAACGAAAUGUGUUCUAACAAAGCAAAAACAACUUUCACCGUGGGUGAAUUUACUUUAUUGAAUUAUUUUGUACCAUUUUACCUCAAUUGACUCUGCUUCAACAAGUGAUGUGGCCAGCCACAUCACUACAUUCUGAGCAUGUGCUAUCCUUCACUACCAAGUACUUCUACAGACACGCGGAUUCAUGAUUCUUGUUUUUUUUCAAGAAGGACUUUCAAACAAAUUGGAGAAUGAAUUAUCAAAAGAUACAUUUUUGGAAUGAUUCACUUUAAACUUCAACUUUUCUGUUGUGGAGUGCCAAGUGAGAGUGGGCCUGUGAUUAACAGCAGCUGUGGUUUAUUUGCUUUCCUUUUGGCAGUGAAGAGAGUUUAUCUUUUUCACCAGUCAAAGGUUCGAAAUUCAAUCACUGUGCCUUUUCCAUUUUUCGGUUAAGUGAAAGAAAGGAAGGUUUUCAUUUAAACAGUAUGUUUGAUGCUCUGGAAACACUUGAUACUACAGUUCAGCCAAAAAAUACUUUUAAAGUUUGAUUUUGCUGGCAAACAGAAUGCCCAGUUUGCACAAAGGAUUGGAACAAUUAGCUACUUAUCUGAUAUUUUUGGUGUUUGUUGAGAAGGACAUGCUGGUUUCAGCAUCAUACAACUUCCUCUCAUUUGAGUUUAAGUCUUUACUCUCACAUUCUUUGUGUUCAUGUGAACUGGCAGAUUGUUAGGAGCCUUCCAAAGUCUCAUCAAAGGGCAACAGCAAUGACAACGCAGCCCUCUCAGGGUGAGUGCUGUAUUGUAUUUAAAUAUGACCUCAAACCUUGAAGCAUGAUUUUGACCUUCAAAUUCCGGCUCAACGAUGAAAAUAAUGGUGUUGAUUCCAGAGGAACUUUUAAAUUAAAAAUACUCAAGUCUUCAUAAACUAUUAAGCAUGUCAUGAAUUUAUUUAUUUUCUUGAGAAUUUAUUCUCUUUAAAUGCUGCUCAAGUAUUGAAACUGCUCUAAUUGCUUUGAGGCCAAAAGGGCUUUCAAUGGGGAAAGAGAUGGUGAAUGUGAUUAUGUUGCACAUAGGAGGCUACACAUGGGUUAGGGUGAAACAAUGCCCUGGAAGAAAUGUCCCAUUCUCCAGUCCACUCCUUCCUCCAUAAUGCUCCCCACAACUCUGUAUCAAGAAAGCACUGUAAUCCUCAAUUAUGCAAUAUCCAAUCCUAUCAAGUACCAAAGAAAUAAGGUAAUAGAUUAUAAAGAUGAAAAGGAACUUAAUUGCAAUUUAGAAUUUGCUGGUUUAAGCUGAUGACUGUGUAACAAGUUUCUUCACCCUGGUUCUGGCAAAUAUAUUGUUUAUUGUCCCUCUACAUUUCUCAUCAUCUAUGUCAAUAUGUCCUUCAUGAAGUAUCUCAUUUUCCUAUCUGACCACGAACUGAACUUUGAGGAUCAUAAGAAUGUUACCUACGAGGGUGUCUACCUAUUCAACAUUGCCCAAUUCCAGAAUUUUUCCUUAAGUUUGAUGAGAUAUUUGAGAUAUAUCUACCGUAGUAAGAGUUAUGGUCCGGGUGCAGGACAAUUGGACUAGGCAGAUUAAUGGUUCAGCAUUGACUAGAUGGGCCAAAGGGCCUGUUUCUGUGCUGUAUUUUUCUAUAACUCUUCUGUAGUCUAUCUUGGAAUGAUCUGCUGAAAUUUUUUUACAAGGUGUGCAUGCAGAUCUGCAGAUGCUUAUCUUAGAGGGCAAUGCCUAUCAGGAAGAUGAAACCAAAGAAUAUCUUUUACCAUUUAUGUUUAGAAAUUGCACAUCUUUUGUAAUCUUUUAUUAAAUAGUAUUUAGGAUGUGCUAGCAUUCAAAUGGUCAGCAAACAAAAAUAUUUUGAUUAGAUGAGAAUUUCAGCCUUUUAAAUUUUAUUUUGGUAAAAUAUGGUACUAUUUGUAGUUUGGUUCCUGCCUCAUCUUUUCUGAAGUUUGGGGAAGGCAGGAGAAUGGGGAUGA